GCAUGUUUGUCCAAUAUGGCGAUGUGUGAGCAGCACACGGUGCAUCUUAUCUCUAUUAAGUCGCCAACACUUUACACCUGCAAUAAUUCAUAUAAGGAUGAGGCCAGCAUACGUAGCAGAAUUGACAUUGCCUUCAUGAUGUCUCGAAGUCUUCUCGUCCUCUUGUUUUGUUUGACCUCACUGACUCUGGCAGACAGAGAGAGAAGCCCUAAUAUCAUCAAACACCAAGGACCGAAGUUACCCAGAUACGAGCAGCCUGGCGGUGUACCCUCCCACCCUCUGCACUACGUGAAUCAUGGGGUAGACGUUGCCUACCCCGUUGGGGGUCGUGACUAUCACAGGGAAGGAGCGCAAAAGCAGGCAGAAAUAGAGCAGGAGCUUUUGGAGUCCAAGCUGAACCGGGCCAAAUCAUCUGCAGAAGGAAAAGAUCUCGUCCGGAAGAAGCGCUUCCUUGAUAAAACCGUCGCCUGGGAAAACGGAAUCAUCCCUUAUGAAAUAAGUGGCAUACGUGCCUCAGCUGAGGCGUAUGUGAAGAGCGCAAUGGCAACAGUCGAGCAGUACACCUGUGUCCGGUUCUUCGUCCGUAACAGCGGCGGCUACAGCGUCCCCCACAACGUCUACCUACGCUUCAUAUCCGGCAGCGGUUGUUACUCGUACGUUGGACGAACCAACCGGAUCCCACAAGAUAUAUCACCAUGCAACGAUUAUUACACGGCACUCCAUGAGAUUAUCCACGCAAUGGGGGGAUAUCAUGAACAGAGCCACUACGAUAGGGACCAGAACAUCCAUCUCAAGCUGAACAACGUGUUGUCAGGGCGAGAGGGCAACUUUCGAUCUUUUUCCGAGAUUUUUCGAAAUGACUUCAUCAUCUAUCCCUUCAAUGGCCAGUCGACCAUGCAUUACAGUGAUUUUGGUUUCAGCAAAAACGGCCUGCCCACCAUAGACCCAUACUACGAUGACAUAGCGACGUACCGUGACGGUUUCUGGUACAGCAUGAAAGAAGUGAACGAGGCGUACCAAUGCACUCAGCUCUGUACCAGCGGUAUCCCAACAUGCUUGAAUGACGGCUACCCCGGAUACUACGAGGGUUCGUGUGAAUGUAUCUGUCCCGAAGGUCUGAACCCGGCAACCAACUGCGCCACAUUUCUUCCUGGAUUCACUGGACAGCUCAUUGACCUGACAACAUCUUCUAGGACCGCAUCAUUUGGCACUCCCAACGCCCCUUCCUCAACUAUACCUGCGGGGUCGAAGUAUAUGUGGAUCGUCAAGGCCCCUGCCGGCUCCAAGCUGUUCAUAUCCAUCACCGACAUGGUGGUGCCUGGUAGCGCCACCUCCUGCACUUCGCUCCUGACGGUAAAGAGGAACUUGCUGGGCCAGAACGGUACAGAUUACUGUGGUCAGGGCUUCAGUAAACCUAUCAUGUCUGUGGACAACGUGAUAGCUCUGACCCUGGACGCUAGAUCCUCCUCAGGCAGCUACCUCCUGGCCACAGCAACACUGCUUCCGGCUGAGGAGUGGUGUUACAAUCUGGCCGACAAAGGCGCCACCUACAAUGGAGAAAGGAACGUAGCAGAAGAUAACACCCCCUGCAUGAAGUGGACUGACGCGGCAAAGUGUGACGUCAUUCCCUUUACUUUCAGUCCCUUGCAAGCUGACUAUUCUGGUAAUCAAUGCCGGAAUCCUGGUGGUAACCUACCUCAACCAUGGUGCUACACUGACAACAACUCUGGCGGCUGCGUCAUCAAACUUUGCAACGCCUGCAACUACGGCGGUGAAUACGACAGCUACGAUGACUGUGACGCCUUAAUUGCUGCUAACAGCAACUACUGCAACACCGAGGAUGCAGCCAUCGGCUGUCGCGACACCUGCAACUUGGAUCAGACCAUUUCGAGUGCUAGUUCGUGUGGUGCUCCGCCUGAUGUGGAUGGCGGAAGCCUUGUCGGGGCUCCAUCUGCAUCUUACAGCAUCGGCAGCAGCGUCAACUACGAGUGCGACAUCGACAACAGCAUCGUUGUUCCCAGAUUCUGUCUAUCCUCCGGACAAUGGUCAGAAAUGGGUUCGGUUUGUAACGGGGGAACAAUAACAUCAACUACAACAACUACAACUACGACGACUUCAACACCAACUACACCUACAACAACAGCUGCACCAACAACUACCACAACUACAACUACAACAGCUGCACCAACAACUACCACAACUACAACUACAACAACUACCACAACUACAACAACCGGUCCCUCCGUGGCAUGCGAGGCUGGUUACACAGGCAACACCGACGAUGGUUUCUGCUACAAAUAUUUGGGAACUACAACACGGUUUGGAGAUGCAGCAGCCAUCUGUGAUGCAGAAGAAGCUGAUAUUGCUGAUGCCAGAACGGCUGAAACACAAGCGUUCCUCGUGACUCUGAGAGACUCCAGCGGGAACUCGGACAAGAAUGUGUUUUUGAACAUGAAAUACAGAAGGAACGGAGACUUCUGGUUCUGGCGACCUAGCAGAUUUAACAGAGUAGAGGACUCCUACACAAACUGGGACAUCGGCACCAGCGCCGGCCCUAAUGGCUUUACUGACAGGUGUGGCUACAUCGGGGCUCAGUCUACCGGAAACAAGUGGUUUGCGUCAAGGUGUAAUGCGGAUUGGGACGUAAUUUGUAAGAAGAGUUCUUUGGCAAGCACAUCUCGUGAAAGCCCGCUCAUCCGGCAUCGUCGCGCCGCCACCAUCUGCGACGACAGGAGGGGUGACUGUCAAGCCGUUAUCGACGUCAUACCUGACAUGUGCUCAACGUUUACAGUAUACGCCGAAGAUUGCCCCGCUUCCUGCGGUAGCUGCAACCCUGACGUUGUGAGCUGCGCCGUCCCGACCCCCCAGGCCGGCGACAACACGGUGCUGCAGACCGCAUCCACCGCUCGAAAUCCCGGGCAGGUGAUUCAGUACGCCUGUACCUCUGGUGUACCAGCAUCGGGGAAUCUACAACGUGCCUGCAAGAGGGAUGGCACCCUCACUGGAGCCCGUCCAACCUGUGCGGGUGUGUCAGCCACAACGUCCUUCGUCCCAAAGGGGGAGUUACGUCCCCUGCAAUACGCAACGCCACAAAUACAGAUAUACGGCCCCUCCCCACUGACCACCAUUACACGAUCAGGUAAUGUGGUCACGUGGAGGGCGUAUUGUCGGGAGCCAGGCACAAUCAGACUGAUGAUAAUGAGAAACACAGGCAGCACGGUGACAAUCAUUGGCACUAACGACGUAGACUGUAGACGGAACCGAGUCAUGGAGUGGGACAUACCAUCCGCUCAGAGAAUAUCUGUGCAAUCUGGAGACUUCAUCGGUGCAGCUGACCUGGCAGGUGGCCGGCUCAUGUACAGCUACUGUGACGACUACAACAACUACGGCUACCUCGAGUACAACUUCCUCAGUAAUUCACUCUUGGUUCCAGGAGCACAACUAGCCACAGACUCCAACUACUACCUCUGUCUUGUUAUCCCGGUCAAUGCUGUGAUAGGACCAUAGACAUCACGACGCCAACAGUGCCGACAUAAGUACGACUUAAUCUUGAACCAGAACCAGAUUCCACAGAACCAGAAGUCUCAUAUCACGUAUGAGGUUUGUCAUUUGACAUUUUCAAACGUUCAGAAAUAAACGUUUUAGCAGCA